UCAAUCAAAGCAGAUGUGUCAAAAUUGUACAAAAAAUUUACAAGUUUUAACUUAUUGGGGUAUUUUAAAUUUUAAUGAAAACUAUAUCAAUUCAAUGGCUUUCUUCGUGAUCCGCUUGGCAUUGGUGGCCGGUGCGGUUUAUGGAACCCAAGAGCUGGGCAUUUGGGAAAACUCCCACCACACACAGGUGCUCUUCGAAGGCGCCAAGCGGGAGGUGAGUCCCUACACCGAGGAUCUGAUGAGCCGAUUUUGCUGCUGGCGGUGCGACAAGUGCAACGAGGAUGUGGAGGUGAAGCCCUGGCAGGAGUCCAUGGUGGAUGCCUGGAAUGAGACGAUCAAGAAGACAUUCAACGCCCUGGGCGUCCAGGUUCCCUUUUAUUACAAGCGAUUCUCGGACGACCUACAGCAGGGUAUCGACGACUUGGUGAACGAAAAGGAGGAAGUAGAUACCAAAGCAAAGGAUGGCCCCAAAAAUAAAAAAUAGUCAUGCUCCAAAUUUUGAAUUAAUAGGAAAGUCCCUCAUCAAUAUUUUUGAAAAAAUACAAAAUAAAUUUAAGUAAUUUGUUGAUCU